CUCACUGUUGGGCUUCAAUUUUUAACGAAUUUCUGACAUUUCCACAAAUCAGUUGGUUUCUACUCACUCAAACUGGAACAAUGGUAUCCAAGUCAUCACCUCCGGCGCCGGCGCCGUCUUUGCUCCGCCGCAUCGUCGAUUUUGAUACCGCCAUCUCCCUCCGUCUUUACACUCUAACUCACCCUAUUCUCCCUUACUACUUCCUCAAAACCCUAGAGAUCUCCGGCGACGGUUUCCUCUUCUUCCCUUUAGUUCUCUCACUACUCCUCUACCCUCUCGCUUUCUCCGAUACCAAAAAUUCCAACAUCUUCUUAAUCAAUUUACUACUCGGUGGCAUCCUUGAUCUUAUCGUAAUCGGACCCCUAAAACAUCUUAUUCGGAGGCCCCGACCCGUUUACAACAAAAACAUGUUUCUAUCCUUUGCCGUCGACCAUUGGUCAUUUCCCAGUGGACAUUCAUCCAGAGUUUCCAUGAUUGCUACUCUCUUUUAUCUAUCAUCCGAUUUCAUUCGGGAUGUUCUGAUUCAGCUUAAAUAUGAUUUAUUUGUGGAUUAUUUGAUGCUUAUUGUGAUCGGAUGGGCUGCAACCACGUCGUGUUCCAGGGUACUUCUUGGACGGCAUUUCGUAUUCGAUGUUAUUGCUGGUGUACUGUUGGGUAUUCUCGAAGGAUUGUUUGUGUUUCGGAUUUUCAAUUAUGUGACAUUGACCUCAUUCUUCACAUGACGAAGUUUAGUAUAGAACAUGGAAGACAUAAAUGGACAGAAUUCUUCCUUUUCAUAGUUGAAGUGACAUCUGGGGCUGAAUCAUUUGCCCUCCAUAGAACAAAAGAAUCACUCACUGUGUCCGUAGUUGUUGAAUCAAAUGAAUCAUGUAACUUCCUUUCACCUAAUUGUCCUUCAGUGAAAUGUACUCUCAUAAUUGUUUUGUCUGAUAUUUGUGUUCACAUGAAUCAUGAUUGAUUUUUCUGUAGCAAUUUUAUUAUUAUCACGUUGCUCUGAAGAAUUAUAUGUGGUCCUGUCAUGUUUACUUUCUGUGGAACUUCAUGAUAAGCUAGGGCAUUACACUCCAUGAGAUGGCAUUCUAUUUGUUGUUUUCCUUUUCAUUUUUCUACAACAUAUCCAUGUGGUGGUCCUGCCAUAUUUCAAACUCACUCCCCCUAGAUGCUUAGCUGCUAUUAUUCAUUUUGAGUUAGUCAAAAAGUAAGUUGGUUUAAUAUUGUUAUUUGAAACUUAUGCCCCUCCUGAUAUGCUCAAAAGGUUAGCUAAAAGUUACCAACCAGCUUUGCCUUAGCAUUGGCAUAUGUGCUUCUCUAUUGUCAUUGGUGCAUGGAACUGAAGAACAAGAACUUGUAAAAGUGCUAAGAGGUAUUCUCUUCCAAAAGUAUAUAUAUGUGUGUUACCACAUCUAUGAGCUCAGUGUACAUCGAUACGUGCAAAGGAUUUAAGAUAAAUUUCUUGUCUCUUUUUUUCUUUGAUAACAAUGUUAUCCGUGCUAGUUGUUCGCACUCGUACUAUUUCAUUGGGUUGUUGGUACUUCUCACCUACUCUUCCCACCAAGACAUGAUUUUUAGAAUUAUAUGAUGCAACUGCAGAAAAUGAUAGAUGAUGCCAAAGUCCAAACCCCUGCCUUGAGAGUCAUUUGGACAUGGAAUCUAGGUCUUGGUCAUUGGUCAAACAUUGUGGCUUAGUUUGAUAAUGACCUAACAUUGAGACAAAUCUGAACUCUAGGAAGAUAUAUAUAAUGGUUACUCACUUUCAGACCUUUGGCCUGGCGCCUGUAAAAAUAUACAUACAGUGUAUGGUUGACACGUAUGACAAAAUUUCUUGGCUUCUUUGACCCUGUUAAAUUUAGUAUCUGCCAUUACAUUGCUUAGAUGUAAAUUUUAGUCAUUGCUGAAACAGAGGUCAAAAGUAGAAUGGUACAAUGCCUCAGAAAAGUAAAAAGAUACUGCACUAAUAUUUGGUCAUCAGUUUGAAAUAGAUAUAGCUGUCUAAAAAAUUGAAUUAGAGAUAUGAUGAGGAGCAAGGGGAUAUAUUUUAGUGCAGAAAUAUGUAGAGACUGACAUGGAUGAGAAGGAUAUGUCUGUAGUUAGAAGGAAAAGAAAGAGUAGAUCCACCACUGUCACACUUUUUAAAGUUUUUUACCCCACAAAGCAAUGACACACACACACGAGGGGCUUUUGCAGUCUUGACCCCAUCUGCACUUCUUUUCUUUGUUAUUAUGGGACUCUACUUUUGUUUUCUCUGUUAUAUGCCAUCCUCUUUUACUUUUCUUUCCUAUUACUUCCCCUCUCUCUAUUUACAUUUUAACAUAGGUGACUGCAUAAUGCAGAGAAAAUUAUGUUCAAACAACAUUUAUGUACAUAAAAAUAGGAAGAGAGAUAUUUUUUUAUAGAAAAAAAUAAGGUAUUUAUCGAAUAGUAGCAAGUGUGGAUAGACUGAAAAGAAAGUUUCUAAAAGAACCAAAAUUGGGACUGACAUAUAUGCAGGGAAAUUUAGGCAUUACGUACAAAUCCAGCGGUGAUACUGACACUGCUUUUACAAUCAAUGAAAUCCCUCUGGCAGGUGAAAACUUUUAUCUCUUUUGACACAACAUUUAUGUCAUUACUACAAACUUAGUCCCGUUUCAAUUUAUACGACACUAUUUGACAUGAUAUUGAGAUUCAUUGUCUACUUCAUCAUGAUUCGUGAGGGAUAUUUCAAUAUUAUUUCUAGUAUAGAGAAAGUAGUAUGUUAAUUAUUUGAGAAUAGAAGUGAAGCAAUAUUCAAAUAAAAUGAUUCUAUAUGCUUUCUUUUUAAUUAUUUAGACUUUGGGAGGUGUAGUUAUUUUCGGUACUUGUAUUGAUAGGAGAUAUCUAUUGUACGUAAAUAGUCAAGCUAGGUCCAUGCAUGUUUGCAAGACUUCUGUUGAUUAACAUCCUCUUUUAUUUUUCCA